GCGAGAUCAGUCUAUAAAAGUUUGUUGAUUCGUUAAGACGUUUGUGAGUUUCGCUGACGAAACGUGAGUUCGAUAUACGGUAAAGUCGGUGAUUUUACGUGGUGUUUCGGUUGUAGUGAUGCGAUGGGGUAUUUCGCUGCUAAGAAUUCCUCGCAGUGGGAUAGUGAUCUUAAGCCACUACAGCCCAAAUUUUACUAUUCUUCAGUGUACAAGAACCUCUGUUUGUUAAGUGCUAUUUUUGCGUUUAGUGUUGGACUAACUAUUGGUAUUCUUAUUCCACUUAUGUACUUUAAAAACCCUAAUACCAACCAGACUGAAACUGCUAUUUCGAAGCCCACGAUCUCGAAUUCUUCAGUGAUUCGGACUAUAUUCUUAAAUAACAGUUACGGCUACAAAAAUCACACGAAAAAUCGGUUUUCUUCAGUUACUUUUGUUGACAACUUCAAAGAAACCAAAACGAAAGAAGAAUUUGUAGAAAACGGUAUAUUUUGGGGUAAACGAGUGGAAAGAGCCCUACCCGAAGGCUACAAGGACAAGAAACACGAGCUUUGGGAAGAUUAUGUUAAAAAUGCAGUUGCUAUCAAAAUGGAAAAUGGUUGUGGAAGGAUGCAGAACCGCUUAGUUACAUUCCAAGACGGUUUGAAAGGUUGUGUGCGCUACAGACAAAACACGGAUCAGAUACAAGGGGAACUUUUUAGUUUCUAUCUAGCUAAAAUACUAAAUUUGCCCAAUCUUGCCCCUAGUACCGUUAGUGUGGUUGAUCUAAAGACUCCUCUAUGGCAAAAUCUUCGAAGUGAAAUAGCUUCUGCACAAUGGAAUUCCAACAGACCAAUAGUUAUGACUCAGUUUAUAACAAACCUAAAUUCAGCCAACAUCCCUAGUGUAUUUAAACCAGUUGAAAGACAUUUAAACAUAUAUGAUGUGUUGAAUAUGACCAAAAAUGAAGUUUUGGACGAUAUCGACUUGACUAAGAACCUUGUGGAGCUGGCUCAGUGGUCCGACUUGAUAAUAUUUGAUUACUUGACUGCCAAUUUGGACAGGAUAGUCAAUAAUCUUUACAAUUAUCAAUGGAAUGCCAACAUAAUGGAAGCGCCUGCGCACAAUCUCGCUAGAAAAUCUGACAGUGAUUUAUUGGUGUUUUUGGACAAUGAAUCAGGGCUUUUACACGGUUACAGAUUACUUAAAAAAUAUGAGAUAUACCACUCUAUCCUUUUAGAAAAUUUGUGCUUGUUUAGGCGACAGACUGUUGAUAUCAUCAAGAAGUUAAAGAAUAAAGGUAACAUUGGACACUUGUUGCGCGAUAUGUUUGAAAAAUCGAACAGUGAGUCGGUGAAGGAUAUUCUGCCGACGAUACCAGACAAGAGUGUGAAAAUUUUAAAUGAAAGAAUCGACAAAGUGUACAACCAAAUUUCCAAAUGUGAGUCAGUAUUUGCCAAGAGCUAGUCCACUCGGAAAUCGUAGGUUUUAUUUUUAAAUUUUUUUCCUAAUAUUUAUCUGAAACUUCCAAAAUACUUUUCAACGGAACUUACGUUUGUCAUAAAUACUAAAUUAUUAUAAUACAUUUUUUUAUGAAAAGACCAAAAUUUAUCUAGUUGGUUGUUCUAUAUUAUU